AUGGAAAGCUCAAAAGAACCUGCAUGGCAAUCCAACAGAUUGUUUGAGGAGACUAACUGGCAAAUGUUGCAAGAUGAAAGACUUUGUGACGUCACUUUUUCUGUAGGAAGCGGGAAGGAAGAAAACAUAUUGGCGCAGCGAUUUAUAUUAGCAAAUGAAUUAGAAAACCGAUGUCUGAAGUUUGUGAUGGUGAACACUGAAAAUGUGUUAAAAUCAGAUGGUUUGUCAACUAUUUCCAAAGAAGUCUUUAAGAAAAUUAUUGAAUUAGAUAACCUUAAUGCAGAUGAAUUGUGUGUAUACAAUGCAUGCAAGAAAUGGGCAAUUGCACAGUGUAAUGGUAAAAGUGAUAAACAUGAGGGCUCAGAGCUAGAACAAAGGCGUGAGUUAGGGGACCUCAUAUAUUCAGUCAGGUUUGCUACAAUGUCGUUACAAACAUUUGCUGAAAAUGUGGCCAUUGAAGAUAUAUUGACGGCAGAAGAAAAGGUGUUCGUAUUUCAAACUAUAGCAGGAAUAGCUAGCAAGAAAACAUCUUUUCCGUUUCCAUCAAUACCAAGAAGACAAUUUAAAACUGAAGUUGUUGAACUGAAACGAUUUAGAGCAGAUCAAUAUGGUAAUGGUUGGGGCUAUUCUUUCAUUAGUAACAUACUUUUUCUGAACAAGAUUUAUAAAUGA